AUGCCCCCCAAGAAACAGGCUCAGGCCGGGGGCAGCAAAAAGGCAGAACAGAAAAAGAAGGAGAAGAUCAUCGAAGUGAGUAUCCACCCCACCUCCCCCACUCACACCACGAGCCCGCGGGGAAGCUGUUUCCCGGCUCCCGGUUCCCCUGCUCGCGUCUUCCGGGACAAAACUUUUGGUCUAAAGAAUAAGAAAGGAGCCAAGCAACAGAAGUUCAUCAAGGCUGUCACCCAUCAAGUUAAAUUUGGUCAACAAAAUCCACGUCAGGUAGCACAAAGUGAAGCAGAAAAGAAAUUGAAGAAAGAUGACAAGAAGAAGGAAUUGCAGGAGUUAAACGAACUCUUCAAACCUGUAGUUGCUGCUCAAAAAAUAAGUAAAGGUGCAGAUCCGAAAUCUGUGGUAUGUGCAUUCUUCAAGCAAGGGCAGUGUACUAAAGGAGAUAAGUGUAAGUUCUCUCAUGACUUGACUCUGGAGAGAAAAUGUGAGAAGCGAAGUGUUUACAUUGAUGCAAGAGAUGAAGAACUUGAAAAAGAUACCAUGGAUAAUUGGGAUGAGAAAAAACUGGAAGAAGUAGUAAACAAGAAGCACGGUGAGGCGGAAAAGAAAAAACCAAAAACUCAAAUAGUGUGCAAGCAUUUCCUUGAAGCUAUUGAGAACAACAAGUAUGGCUGGUUUUGGGUAUGCCCUGGAGGGGGCGAUAUGUGCAUGUAUCGUCAUGCACUUCCUCCUGGAUUUGUGUUGAAAAAAGAUAAAAAGAAAGAAGAGAAAGAAGAUGAAAUUUCAUUAGAAGACCUCAUUGAAAGAGAGCGUUCUGCCCUAGGUCCAAAUGUUACCAAAAUCACUCUAGAAUCUUUUCUUGCAUGGAAAAAAAGGAAAAGACAAGAAAAGAUUGAUAAACUUGAACAAGAUAUGGAAAGAAGGAAAGCAGACUUCAAAGCAGGGAAGGCACUAGUGAUAAGUGGUCGUGAGGUGUUUGAAUUUCGUCCUGAACUGGUUAAUGAUGAUGAUGAGGAAGCAGAUGAUACCCGUUACACCCAAGGAAUAGGUGGUGAUGAGGUGGAUGAUUCUGUGAGCAUUAAUGACAUCGAUCUAAGCCUGUACAUUCCCAGAGCUGUAGAUGAGACAGGGAUUACAGUAGCCAGUCUUGAAAGAUUCAGCACAUAUACUUCAGAAAAAGAUGAAAACAAAUUAAGUGAAGCUUCCGGAGGUAGGGCAGAAAAUGGGGAAAGAUGUGAUUUGGAAGAGGACAACGAAGGUGAGGAACAGGAAAAUGGGGCCCUUGAUGCUGUUCCUGUUGAUGAAAACCUUUUCACUGGGGAAGAUUUGGAUGAACUAGAAGAAGAAUUAAACACACUUGAUUUAGAAGAAUGA